UGUUUAGUCUGGCAGGGUUCCUAACAUACUGCUGGACAAAGUAGACAGUUAGAAACUACCAGCAAAGGCAGACUUUAGACCCUACCAGUACUUUUUCAUGGUUGCCAGCCCUGGGAGAUCUAGCCUGGGUACCAAACCUUUGGUCGGCUUGGCGGUAAUUUUUCGGCCCCGGCCUUUACCAAGCCAAGGCGAGUUAUACCCUAUCUCCUGCUGUUCCCCUGUAUCCGCUGACUCCCUGUAUUACGCUUGGUCUUCUUUUGCCGCCGACCCGUUGUGAGCGAAGAAACCUAAACCCCGCCGAAGCGCGGUAAUUUAGUCCUGGUUGGCGGGCCCAGACGAUCUCGCCGCCGAAGGGAUAGCGCUGAGCUCACGGCGGUCUGGUUACCAGGUCAAGGGAUAUCUCCCACUGACUGACCCAGAUAGAAAGAGCCAAGGUAUAAUAGCAAACGGAGACUUUACAUCACCCAGGGAUAGCUAGCACCAGCUAAAAUGGACUGGUCCAUUCGGCAGCUACUAGUAGUGGUGAUUUGCUGCUUUUGUUCUUCUGUUCGCUCCGAAGAAUGGAGUUUGACAAACCUUCCACCAGAAAUCAACCUGGAUGUUCCAAUGCCACCAGUCAUCACCAAACAGGCACCCAGGAAACACAUAGUAGAUCACAGAGAACUCAUCGUCAUAGACUGUGAAGCAACUGGCAGCCCUGAAAUAAGGUAUAGUUGGCUGAAGAAUGGACGUGAGCUGGACGUGGAUAGCGACCCCCGCAUUGCCUGGUUGUCUGCGCCCAACUCCGGUACCAUCACUAUCGAACUGGACGCAGACAACCCCGAUACGACAUACGAGGGUAUGUACCAGUGCAGGGCUGCCAACCACAGGGGAACAGCCGUCACCAAUGAGAUUGAAGUCAUCAUCGCAACUUCUCCGCUGUUCGCAUUCACUGAAGACAAGGAGAUCACCGUCCCUGUGGGAGCCCACCAUGUUCUGGAGUGCCUCUCCAUCCUGGGCGAGGCCAUCCCACCUCCCAACAUCUACUGGGCCAAGGCCAAUCCAGGGCCAAGGUCAAGGCGCAUCGAUCUGACCGAGAGAAUCUCCAUCGAUGCCGAGAACAACCUGAUAUUUGCCAAUGUUGAGGAGGCGGAUGCAGGGCAGUAUUCCUGCCGAGUGGAGUACUCUAAACUGGGCACCAUCCGGAUUGCCAACACCCUAACCUUGAUUGUUGAGACAGCACCACCACGUGCACCAUCCUUGCUGAAGCGUGACAUCAAUGUGCCACCUGUGAACAGGGGGGAAGAUCUGACAUUGAGAUGCAUCGCAGAGGGCCUGCCAACUCCCGAGGUUAGAUGGAGAAGAACAUCUGGAGGAAAUCUUCCUGCCGACCGUGCCAAAGUCAUGGGAACGACACUCAUCAUUAAGGAAGUGGUAGAGGGAGAUGCAGGAAGCUACGAGUGCACGGCCUCCAACUAUAUGGGGAAGGACACUAAGGAAGUGAUGGUGACUGUGAAUGCUGCACCCUACUGGAAGACUGAGCCCGGGGGACAGAUGCUUGCACCAGGCGAUGAUGCAACCAUUUUGUGUGAAGCAGCUGGCACGCCCACCCCAGAGGUCAGCUGGAAACGCAACGGAGAACCCCUCAGAGAUCAGCCAAACCGCCGUGUUUCUGGCACCACGCUGUCCCUGUUGGAUCUGGUGAAAGACGACAGUGGAGUGUACCAGUGCAUCGCACGCAACAACCUCGGCACAAGGAUCACCAAUGCCUACAUCAAUGUCGUUGAACUGCGACCAAGAAUGCUGACACCAGCAAACAAGAAGUACGCCUACGUCCAGGACCAGGAUGCGCAGCUCGACUGCCUGUCCUUCGGCUCCCCCAAGCCUACGACCUCUUGUAAGGAGCAAGAACUGGCCAUCGAAAGGGUCCAGCGCCGGGCCUUGCGUAUCAUUUCCUUGGGAGGAAGGCGUAGCGUGCCUGACCUGCCCACACUGAAGUCGAGGAGGGAAGAUGCGGCAGUACGCCUGCUCCAACGCAUGCUUCAGGAGAACCACCCUCUACAUGACCUAGUACCGCCCUCAAGGUCUGGAGAGUGGCAGGAAAUGAAGAUUAUUGAUGGCAGGGACACCUUGACUGCUGACCUUGACCUUCAUCCAUGGAGCAAUUAUCAAUUCAGGGUCACUGCUAGGAACAAGGUCGGAGAAAGCAAACCCAGCGACGCCACAGAAGAAUAUGAAACUUUUGCUUCAGCACCAAAUGCUGUUCCUGGUGGCAUCAAGGGGGAAGGCACUAAGCCCACCAACAUGGUAAUCAGCUGGGAGCCUCUCCCUGGCCUCCAGCAGAACGGCCCAGGCCUGAGGUACGAGGUGCGCUACCGUCAGAAGCCGCAGAACAGGAAACGUCGCCCGUGGACCGUGGAAACUGUGAACGAUCCCAAUGGGAAGGAGUUCAUUGUGGAGGACACCCCAACACACACAGCGUACGAGAUCACCGUGCAGGCCAAGAACGAUUGUGGCGAUGGUCCACUGUCUGAUGUCGUUGUUGGUUACUCUGGAAUCCCUUCAGCUACAGUAGAAGUUGGGGACGUCCAACCGAGGAGUGUGAGGCUUGACUGGGACCCCAUCGAUGAGGAGUUUUUCAAUGGAGACCUGAAGGGUUACAAGGUCCGUUACUGGUCUGAUGAUGACCCAGACAAUGUGAUGGAGAAGACCUUCGAGGGUGACGAGCCUACUGCUCUGGUCGACGGUCUCACACCUUAUAAGAACUACAACUUUGAGGUUGUUCCUUACAAUGGGAAAGGAGAAGGUCCACCCAGUACUCCUCCAGUGAAGGCCAGCACUCCUGAGUCAACUCCUGGAGCUCCAAGUGCCUUGUGGGCUACCGUUUGGGACAGCAAAACCCUGAAUGUGCAGUGGGAGCCACCACUUCAGCCCAACGGUGUCAUCACAGGCUACCUCCUCACCUACAGAACAUUGCCAGAACCGGGUACACUAGAAGGGCGCUUGGGACCCCGCAUGGAGAUCCAUGUCGACGACCCCACCACCACCGCUGCCGAGCUGAGUGACCUGGAAGAGCAGACGUGGUACCGGAUCGAACUGCAGGCAAAGACGAGCAUUGGACUGGGUGAUAUGAAGGAGCUGGAGACCUACACCUCUGACCCAGCACCUCCUCUGAUUCCUGAGGUUGUUGAGGUCCUGGACACAGGAGAGGACUUCAUCAAUGUGUCCUGGGUGCCAGCUAAGGUUGGACCACGACCGACCCAGUUCUAUGUGGAAUACAGGGAGCGAGGCACCAGCUCAGGGCCAAUGUGGUUUCAGACCGACAAGGUGGAGCCUGACCCUUACAGCGAGACCCUGCAGAAGACCAUUGAUGGCCUGCAGCCGGGCACCAGGUACCAGCUACGGGUCGUCGCGUCCAACAACUUCGGGAGGGCCUCUACCGGCGUCCAGGAGACGACAACGGAGGGAGAAUGAGUGAGGAAGAGCGGGUCUCCGUAGUCUCGACCGGGCUGGAUAUCGUGGUGCACCCUGGGAAACAUGGCGCGGAACGGGCCGACGCGACCUUGACCCGCUGACUGGGAGGUCAUCAAGGUCGCAAGGAGGACAAGGACUUGCCAGUUUCUUCGUGGCUGCAUCUUUCCUCUGAUUGUACAAUGUAAAGUUACAUUUGAAGAUUAAAACUUAACAAUUACUAGAGAAGUAACAUUUGCGAAGCAAAUGCAUAAUGUUUACCUUUGGACAUGGUCUGCUCUGUUAAUUCUCACUCAAACACAUUUCACAUACAUGUACUACUAGUAUAUUGUGACAGGAGCAGAGCAGGCAAUAAAAUUGCAACAUUAUGUAAUCCAACACCAGUUACCAUGGUGACAGACGUCAACAAAUCAUGUCAUUGGCCAGGUCAGACGUCAGUGUUUGGAACGGAAGAAGAGGAAGAAACUGAGUAAAAACAAUAUGUUUUCCUUCGGUAAACAUAAAUAUUUAACUAUAUACUGCUGCAUAAUUAUCUUAAUAUCAUUAUUUAUAUGUCUGCAAUAUACAACUAAAUACGAAAUAUCAAUCAAUGAGUCAAGUAUAACGUUAUAUACAAAGGAAGUAAGCUUAGUUCAUGGAUAUAAACGUUAAGUUAAUUACAUGUAGGAGUUCAGUACCUGAUAAUCUGUGGCCCUUAUCAUAACUUUUUAAGUGCAAAAUGAUAAUCCUCAAUAAAAUAUUCGAAGAAUAUCGUGUGCCUUCCUUUACGAGGGUUAAACUUAUACUUGUAACGUUUUGCGACACUUAAGUAGCACUAUUACACUACUAUUACAAG